AGAUGCAUUAAAUCUGUAAUAACACACACACGUAGACACACACUAUUACCUCCAUAUUUAAUCCAACAGUAAUCAAUAUUCAGCUUCAUGGUGAAACUCAGAGCGCGGUGUGUGGUUGUGGGAGACGCUGCUGUAGGCAAGAGCACACUGUGUCAGAUGUUUUGCAGUGAUGGAGCUGUGUAUCAGAAGAACUACACUAUGAAUGUUGGCGUGGAGUUACUGGAGAAAACAGUCCCUAUCCCAGACACCAGUGACUCUGUGGAGUUGUUCAUCUAUGAUUCUGCUGGACGGGAGCUGUUUUCAGACGCCUGUGAGAAUGUGUGGAGUCAGCCGUCAGUUGUGUGUGUGGUGUUUGACGUCACCAGUGAAGCUUCCUUCAACAACUGCAGCCGCUGGAUCGACAGAGUCCAAACACACAGUCACGGACUACACACACCAGGUGUACUGGUGGGCAAUAAGUGUGACCUGACCUCCAGGCGUGAGGUGGACGCUGCUGCAGCUCAAGCCUUCGCUCAGACACACACACUGCAGUAUCACGAGACGAGUGCGAAGGAGAUUGGCCACUAUGAAGCUCCGUUCCUCAGUCUGGCUGCAGCGUUUCACUCCCUCUAUCAGGAGCAGAAGAACAGCAUACUGAGCCUCAUCUGACACCAGCGCCAUCUUCAUCAUCAUCAUCAUCAUCUGUGUACAUAUGAGCAUGUCUGUUCUCAAUCAAAUAAAGCUUUCUAUAAAUCU